AGAUUUCAAAAUGAGCAAUAAUAGGUCUUGGAUGUAUGAAAGACUCGGAAAUCGAGGGUUUCUAAAUGAAGACUUCAAAAAAGGAGUUAAUGAGUUUAUUCAGAAGGCGGUAAACUUAUAUCCAAGUGGGGUGAUUGCAUGUCCGUGUAGAAAGUGCAAGAACAGAAAAUUGUUGACUUGGGAUAUUGUUAAACAACAUCUUUUUGAAAAAGGAUUUGUUGAAGACUAUUAUGUAUGGGGAGCGCACGGAGAGACAUAUAAUUCAAAUGGGCUGGUUUAUUUGGAUGAAGGUAGCUCUUCCCGUCAUAAUACAUCUGAAGUUCCAUAUGACCCAUAUAAAUCAAUGUUUGAAGACGCUGUUAGGAAUGAGUUUCCUAUAGGUACGCCUGAUGAUAUGCAUGUUGACGAUGAGGAGCCUAAUCCAAUGACAAAGAGCAUGUAUGAAAUGCUUGCUGCGACAAGUCAACCAUGUUUUGAUGGUUGUCCCAUGACGGAGUUGAGUGCCAUGACUGAAUUGUUGAACUUAAAGACUGAGAUGAAUUUAUCAGAGGCUGCCACUGACAGAAUUGUUCAACUUGUGAAUAGGUUUUUCCCAACACAUAUCUCCAAUCGGCCCAUCCAGAAUUUCAAGAAAAUAAAAAGGAAACUCUCACUAUUAGGAAUGACUCAUCAAUCUAUUGAUUGUUGUCCAAAAGGGUGCAUGAUCUAUUGGAAAGCAGACAGUGAACUAAUCGAGUGCAGAUUUUGCUCUAGUGCAAGGUAUGAGGUCAAUAAUCAGUCAAGUAAACCAAUCCCGCUUUCUAGGAUGGAGUAUUUUCCGAUUACUCCAAGACUACAGAGGCUUUAUGCCUCAAAUACAACUGCUGGGGAUAUGAGAUGGCAUAAAAGUCACCACAGAGAAGAAGGAGUGAUGCGACAUCCAUCAGAUGGGAAGGCAUGGAUUCAUUUUGACAAUGUUUAUCCAUCUUUUGCCGAGGACCCUAGAAAUGUUAGACUCGGUCUAUGCUCAGAUGGGUUUCAACCAUUCGGACAAUUUGGACAGAAGUAUUCGUGUUGGCCUAUUAUCUUGACACCAUACAACCUUCCUCCAGGUAUAUGUAUGAAAGAACAAUUUCUGUUCUUAUCCAUAUUGAUUCCAGGGCCAAAGAAUCCCACAAAUAGGAUAGAUGUUUAUUUGCAACCUUUGAUAGAAGAGUUGAAGCAAUUAUGGGAGGUUGGGACUGUAACGUAUGAUGCACUUUCAAAGGAGCACUUUAAUAUGCGAGCUUCUUUGCUUUGGACAAUUAGUGAUUUUCCAGCAUAUGCCAUGCUCUCUGGAUGGAGUACAAAAGGGAAAUUUGCAUGUCCGUGUUGUACUGAAUUUACAGAAGCAUUCUGGUUACCCCGCAGCAAGAAACAUAGUUGGUUUGAUAACCACCGAAAGUUCCUAGCAGAAGAUCAUCCAUUUCGAUGGGACAUCGAGAACUUCACUAAGGGUAAAACAGUCAUGUAUGGCCCUCCAUUAUAUAGAGAUGGUUUAUAUUGUUAUGGUGAGAUGGAUGCCCUAAUGUCUGUGACCGAAUUAGGCAGUUUGGAACACAACAAAGUGGUUGGGAAGAAUAUUGGGUGGAAGAAACGUAGUAUCUUUUGGGAUCUUCCGUAUUGGAAGGAUUUGCUUCUGCGCCACAAUCUUGAUGUAAUGCACAUAGAGAAAAAUUUCUUUGAGAACAUAUUCUACACAAUUCUGGGUGUGCCAGGGAAGUCAAAGGACCAUACACGAGGGAGAAUGGACAUGGAACAAAUUUGUCAUAGACCAAGUAUGGAGAUGGACCGUGAUGGAAAAUAUCCCAAGGCUCCUUUCGUGCUUUCAAACAAGCAAAGAGAAGUUUUGUGCAGUUGGGUUGAUUCACUUAAGUUCCCCGAUGGAUUUGCAUCUCGAUUAGGACGUUGUGUAGAAAUGGAGAACCUUAAGGUAUUCGGUAUGAAGAGUCAUGAUUGUCACAUUUUUAUGCAACGUCUACUUCCAAUUGCAUUGAGAGAAAUGCUACCUGCUUGUAUUUGGGAGGCAAUUACUGAGAUUAGUUUAUUCUUUCGUGAGUUAACAAGAAAGACUGCACGAGUUUCUGUCAUUGAAAAGCUAAAGGAUGAUAUUCCUAUCAUUUUAUGUAAAUUGGAGAAGAUUUUCCCUCCCUCAUUUUUUGACCCGACGGAGCAUCUUCCCAUACAUUUGCCGGAUGAAGUUUUGCUAGGCGGACCACCGCAAUAUCGAUGGAUGUAUCGCUUCGAAAAUUUUUUAGGGUCAGUGUUAAAGAAAAAGAUCGGCAACAAGGCUAGAGUUGAAGCCUCAAUUAGAGAGGGUUAUUUGCUAAGUGAAAUGGGUACAUUUGCGAGUUACUACUUCCCAGAGGAAGUCACCACAAAAGCACGUGGUGUCCCGAGAUUUGAUGACGGUUUUAUGAUUAAUGAUGAUGUCCCUGCUUCCAUUUUUGCACAAAAGGCAAAAGCAAUUGGUGCAAGCACACGUCGAUACAUGGACCAAAACGAAACCAAUGCAGUGCAUUCCUAUGUACUACAAAAUUGCCUAGAGAUCGACUCAUUUAGAGAAUUGUUCACGAAUGCAACCGGAUUGACAACCUCCGAUGAACUUCAAUUUCAAGCACAAUUUCCGCUCUGGUUUUAUCACUAUGUGCGAAAUGACAUUAUAGAUCACCCACGAUGGAUUCGGGCUUUAGCUGGAUUUCCUGCUCCAUACGUGACGACAUACCAAACACUUCAUAUAAAUGGUUAUAAGUUCAACACUACUGCACGAUCUGAAGGGAGGGUGACCUGUAAUUGUGGGGUUAUGGUCAAGUGCACAAGUUAUGAUGGUUCAGAGCUUGACUAUUAUGGUUUAAUACAUGAAAUAAUUCAGCUAGAAUAUCAAGAUUAUAAGAUAAUCGUCUUCAGGUGUGAAUGGUUUGAACCUUCAAGUAGAGGCACACGACGCCAUCCAUUAUACAACAUAGUGGAUGUGAACACACAACACCGACUUCGUAUUUCAGACUGCUAUAUUUUAGCAUCACAGGCAGAUCAAGUUGUGUAUGUGCCAUAUCCUAGUACAAAUAAACGAGCCAAUAGAUGGCUUUCUGUUGUUCAGUGCAUGCCACGGGCUUUUGUCGAGGGAGAUUUGGGAGAAAAUUUGACACAUGAAGAUGAACACCCCUCAGCGUUUCAAGAAGACGAGCCUAGGAAUUCAUUCCAAAUAGAGUUAGAUGAACAACCAUUUCCAAAUUAUGGUCAAUUACACAUCGAUGACUGUGAUGAUCAUUCAGUUGCGUUUAAUGCUCCAGAGAAUAUGGAUGAUACAUUAGAUGGAGCAUAUGACAUGGAGCGUGAUGAUGACGAAAAUGAUAGUGAUCACGAAGAAAAUAUUAAUUGUGAUUGAGACACGGCAGCCUCCCCAUCCACCUCCGUCACAAUAUCAUCUGCCUCGUGGUCAUAGCCUAAACUUCACACCUGUCACUAACCAGCAACCCAAUGUUUCUACAGUUCAAGAUCUCAAUCAAGACAAUCCAUUGCUCUUCAAUCAACAUAGUCCAUCAACAACAACAAGCAGUGAUGAGGUAGAAGAUAAUGAUCCAGAUAAUGACCCAGAUGGAGAGGACGAGCUAGCUGAAUGGACUCCGGAUGCAUACAAAGAUCUCCAGUGGGGUGAAGAACCUUUGGACCAUUUCAGAUCUUUAGUGGUGUCAAAAUUUGAAAGACCCAAUGUUGGGUUAAAUGUGUCUGGACAACUUAUAAAUCUGUUUGCCAACAAAACAAGUUUGAGAUUUCAAACUGUUGUCUCAAGACAGAUAAAAUACAACCUGCACCCAGCUGGCCAAUUGUGGAAGUGGGUACCCCAGAAGACAAAGGAUUUAUAUUGGGAUCAAUUCCAGGACUUGGUAAGUUGGGACAUAUCCAAGUUCAAUUGUGAAAACAUCAGGAAUGGUUAUGAAAGAUAUUUAAAGAAACGUGCUUAUUCGAAUAUCAUUUCUCAAAUCAGGAAAAAGCGGCCUUUGACUGUGAAUAACUUCACUUGGGCCGUUGUGCAAGAGUAUAAUAAGUCUAAGACAUUUCAAAGGUCGUCUGAGUCCGGUAAAAAAAAUCGGAUUGCCGGUGGGGAUAAAUGUAAACAAUAUGGAGGAUCAAGGUCCGCAAUUGAUUUGGCUGCGCAGGAGGAGAGGAUUUCGGGGGAAGAAAUUAAUCCCCUCAAAAUUUGUGAGACAUACCAUCCGAAACAGAGAAAGAAUGGAGAGCUGAUUGAUCAUACGUCACAUUCAGAAGUUAUGGAGGCCAUUGAGAAGUUAUCUGCUGCAUUUAAAGAACACGUAAAGCAAACUCAACAAUCUGAAGCUGAAAUUGGAGGCUCCAAUAAUGCAUCCAAAGCUGCAUUUCCUGAUUUGCAUUCCAAAUAUUUGGAAAUUGCUGGAGGCAAGAACAAAAAAAUAUUUGGACUAGGAAAGUAUGCAGAAGAAUUCCUUCAUCAACUCCAAUCAACUCACCGAAAGACUUCUUUAUCUUCACAACGUGCACUUGAAUUUUGUGUGUUUUGGGAUGAACAUAUGCGGAAAUGGUUAUCUUCACAAGGAGAGGAAUGUCCACCAGUAAUGCCACUUGUGGAUGAAAGUUUGCUACAUGAAGAUCCUUGCUCACAACCAAAAUCUUUUGAGGAAACAUGGCUUCCAUUUUUGAAGUCACUUGGAAUGGAAGUACCAAGUUUUUUUGAGUUCACUAAUUCAUCAUCAUCUCAAGACUCCCAAAACAUUCAGCAGUAGUUAUUUUCCAAUAGAUAUGCAAGUAUUUUGGGUGUAUUUUUGGAUUGUAGUAAGGCUUGUACUUAUGGUACAAUGACUUUUAAGUAUUCACUGGUAUUUGUUACCUCAUUCAUUCAAGUAUGACUUUAAUGGAGCAUGUAUCAAGUUUUUGCCUACCUAUAUAUCUUUGUUUAAUUAUUAAUGUUUUAGUUAUAAUGCCUUGUGUACAUUAUGUUGUUAUAUAAUUGAAUUGACAUAUUAACUUUUAAAAAAUUUAAUGGCAUAAAAAUAUUAAAAAGGAGCAAACUACUCUGUAUUUGUUAUUUUGUUUUUAAAUAUAACUAUUUUAGUAGCAGCAUAUAGUGGCGAAUUAUUUGUCACUAAUAAUAGUGGCGGAAUGUAUAGUCACUAACUCCCGUCUUCAAUUUGUGACAGAAAUGAAAGUUCGCCACUGAAGUAUUUAGCAGCACGAUUUCAAUGACAAAAGUUUCGUCAGUAAUAGGCGUCAUUAUCUAUGUUAGUGACAGAUUCAUUGACAAACUUUCCGUCACUAAAAUCCUUAAAUUCUUGUAGUGAUUUCCGCAAGAACAAACCAUCAUUAUUAGGCAAAUAUUUUCAAGUAGAGUAAUUCCG